UACCAAACCAACUAAGCGUGUCUCUUCGUUGCUGCGAAGGGCGAACUCCGUAAUCUUCUUCAUGGCUUGCUCUCUACUUUCUCCAUCUUUCAAGCUUCGAAGCUCAAUAUUAGCAGGCGAUGCCAUGAGGAAGCAAAAGAAGAAUUGGAGAAGCAAUAUAGUCAGGGCUGCUGCUACAGAGAAGAACGGCAAUGGCGGGAAGAAAGAAGACGAUGGCCCCUCCUUUAAUCCCUUCGGUUUCGUCACCGAUAAUCCGUCUAGCCGAGGAGCUAUACAGCUUCCUGAGGUCCCCGCUGAGGACGGGAAUGUCGGCCAGAUGCUUUAUAGAAUAGAAGAUAAGGGGAGGGACUAUGGUUCUUACUUCAAAUCUGGGGAGUUUGUAUGGUUUGUGAGAGAAACAGGAUCCUCUGAGAGCCGGCGUGGCACUGUCAUUUUCAUUCAUGGGGCUCCAACACAAUCUUAUAGCUAUCGAGUGGUUAUGGCUCAGAUGGCAGAUGCUGGCUUCCACUGCUUUGCACCUGAUUGGAUAGGAUUUGGUUUUAGUGACAAGCCCCAGCCGGGUUAUGGAUUUAACUACACAGAAGAGGAGUUCCAUGUGGAAUUUGAUAAAAUACUUGAUGUGCUGGAUAUAAGCUCUCCAAUUUUUUUAGUGGUUCAGGGGUUUCUUGUAGGUUCAUAUGGAUUGACCUGGGCCUUGAAAAACCCAAGCAGGGUUUCAAAGCUUGCAAUUCUUAACAGUCCACUGACAGAGACAUCUCCAGUUCCUGGAUUGUUUCAACAGCUAAGAAUUCCACUUUUUGGUGAAUUUACAUGCCAGAAUGCUGUUAUGGCUGAGCGCUUUAUUGAAGCAGGUAGCGCGUAUGUAUUGAAGGUGGAAAAGGCUGAUGUAUAUCGUUUACCAUAUCUAUCAAGCAGUGGACCUGGAUUUGCAUUGCUUGAAGCAGCAAGAAAAACUAACUUCAAAGAUAUAUCAGGCCGAAUAUCAUCUGGCUUUUCCUCUGGAAGAUGGGAUAAACCAAUACUACUUGCCUGGGGAGCAUCAGACAAGUAUUUGCCUCAAUCAGAAGCAGAAAAGUUUCAGAAGGGAAAUCCAGAUGUUGUCAAGAUUAAGAUGAUAGAAGGUGCUGGCCACAUGCCACAGGAGGAUUGGCCUGAGAAAGUUGUUGAUGCUUUAAGAGUAUUUCUUUACUGAAUGCAUGAAUGGCAUCGAUAUUGAUGUCUCAUGUCUGAGCUUGCAAGAACACUUGUACCCAUACUGCAAUUCCAUGGCGCUAGACCAGGAAGGGCUUGUCCAUAUAAGAUUAUUCAAGGUAUGGUACAAGGAGCGAUCUAACCUCCAAAAUAGUUUUUUCUUUAGUUUGUGACACAUGUCUGUUCUAGGACUUGUUCCAGGCACUUACUGAAAGUCUGCCCAAACAUAAGGCAAUGGUCCUUGUAUGAAUUCUUGUUUGGAAACUGCAAAACCUGAAAAUGCUGCUGGAUUUG